GUAGCGCUCAAAAUCGAGGGGGUGCGGGAUCGGGGGACAAAUAUGUGUCGUAAAACGAAUGAUUAAUUAAGUAUAUAAUUACGCAUAGUGGCGACUGUGUGUACGGAAAUAACGAGAGGGAGAGAGAGAAAGAGAGAGUGAAAAAUUCGUCGGACCUUCCGGCUCGAUUCGACGGGUAGCGAUGUUGGAGACGCGCUCCGCUGUUUUCAAAAUGACGAGGGAGGAGGCCCGCGAUGAGAGGCAGAUCACCAACUGGCCGCCGCCGUUCUCGUCGGACUCGACUCCGUACACGGUGACCGACUUCGGCGGCUUGAUCAGACGAACCUGCGACAACAAAAGCCUGACUCUCCGAAUCUCCAAAGUGAUCGUCAUCGGCGACGUGGCCGUCGGCAAGACAGCGUUGGUGAAUCGGUUCUGCCACAAGCUCUUCGAUAACAAUUACAAGGCAACCAUCGGUGUCGACUUCGAGGUUGAGAGAUUCGAUAUCCUCGGCGUGCCCUUCCACUUGCAAAUAUGGGACACCGCGGGUCAGGAAAGAUUUAAGUGCAUUGCGGCGUCUUAUUAUCGCGGCGCGAACGUGAUCAUGGUCGUUUUCGAUCUGGGUAACUUGAUGUCCCUGGUGCACUGCCAGCAGUGGCUGAACGAAGCGAGUCGCAGCAACGUCGGCCCUUACCACAUCUUCCUGGUGGGCGCUAAAAAGGACUUGUUGUCCCAGCCCGUGUACGAAAUAAUAGAGAAGCGGGCGGCGGAAACGGCGAGCAGAAUGCGGGCGGAAUACUGGGCGGUUUCGUCGAGGACAGGUAAUGGCGUGUCCGAAUUGUUCACACGUGUGGCAGCCUUAUCCUUUCACGCAAUGGCGUUGCGAGAGAUGCAGAGCCUGAAGCUGGAGCCGAUGAAUAUCGGUUCCGCGACGAUAACAUUGAAACGACAAUCGAGGGAGGCCGAGGUCAAAGCGCAGAGGAUGCCGAGAUGCCUCAAAUGUCCGACAUGACGCGAUUGUAG